CGCGGCGAUAAAAGCCUCCGGGACUCUUGAGGUUUCUGCCCACAGCCACACCGCCGCUCCGUUUGCGUCUGCGUGUGUGCUUGUUUGGGUAGUGGUUGUGGAGUGGACUGGUGGUCGCUGAGCCAGGGGGGUGCCUUAUCCUGGCAAUGGCCUCGGCGCCGCCGCCGGCCAUGGCGACGGCGACGGCGGUGGCAUUGGUGCUGCUGUUGUCGUCCGUGGCGGUGGUGACGGUGGUGGCCAAGGAGUGCACGAACGUGCCGACGCAGCUGUCGUCGCACACGGUGCGGGCGCGGUUGCAGAGCACGCCGGGGGCGGAGGAGUGGCGGUGGCGGGAGCUGUUCCACGACCACCUCAACCCCACCGACGAGUCCGCGUGGAUGGACCUCCUCCCCCUCGCCGGCAGCACAACGGCGGCGGCGGCGGCGGAGGAGUUCGACUGGGCGAUGCUGUACCGGACGCUCAAGGGCGGCGUCGGCUCCUCGGCGGCGCAGGCCGGGGCAACGCCCUCGUCGUCGUCGUUCCUGGUGGAGGCGUCGCUGCACGACGUGCGGCUGGACCCCGGCGACGAGGUGUACGGGCGGGCGCAGCAGACCAACCUCGAGUACCUGCUGCUCCUGGACGUGGACCGGCUGGUCUGGAGCUUCCGGAGGCAGGCCGGGCUGCCGGCGCCCGGCGCGCCCUACGGCGGCUGGGAGGGCGCCGUCGUCGAGCUCCGGGGCCACUUCGUCGGGCACUACCUGAGCGCGGCGGCCAAGAUGUGGGCGAGCACGCACAACGGCACGCUCGCCGGCAAGAUGUCGGCCGUGGUGGACGCCCUCCACGCGUGCCAGCAGGCGCCGGCCAACGGCGGCACCGGCUACCUCUCCGCCUUCCCCGCCGAGUUCUUCGACCGCUUCGAGGCCAUCCAGCCCGUCUGGGCUCCCUACUACACCAUCCACAAGAUCAUGCAGGGCCUCCUGGACCAGUACAUGGUGGCCGGCAACGGCAAGGCCCUGGCCAUGGUGGUCGCCAUGGCCGGCUACUUCGGCGAGCGCGUGAGGAGCGUGAUACAGCGGCACAGCAUCGAGCGGCACUGGACAUCCCUCAACGAGGAGACCGGGGGCAUGAACGACGUGCUCUACCAGCUCUACGCCAUCACGAAUGACCAGAGGCAUCUGGUGCUCGCCCACCUUUUCGACAAGCCGUGCUUCCUGGGAUUGCUCGCAGUUCAGGCUGACAGUCUUUCGGAUUUCCACGCCAACACGCAUAUUCCAAUCGUCGUCGGCGGACAAAUGAGAUACGAGGUUACCGGCGAUCCUCUCUACAAGGAAAUCGCAACAUUCUUCAUGGACGUAGUAAACUCUUCUCACACCUACGCAACCGGCGGCACGUCCGUCAGUGAAUUCUGGUUCGACCCGAAGCGUUUAGCCGAGACUCUGACCACUGAGAACGAGGAAUCGUGUACUACAUACAACAUGCUCAAGGUAUCUCGUCACCUCUUCAGAUGGACGAAAGAGAUCGCGUACGCGGACUACUACGAGCGCGCGCUGAUAAACGGCGUCCUGAGCAUCCAGAGAGGGAGGGACCCGGGUGUCAUGAUCUACAUGCUGCCCCAGGGCCCCGGAAGAUCGAAGGCAGUGAGCUACCAUGGCUGGGGGACGCAGUAUGAUUCGUUCUGGUGCUGCUAUGGGACUGGGAUAGAGUCAUUUUCCAAGCUUGGGGACUCCAUCUACUUUGAGGAGAAAGGCGGCAAACCGGCGCUAUAUAUCGUUCAGUACAUACCGAGCACGUUCAACUGGAGAUCUGUAGGCCUUACUGUCACUCAGCAAGUGAAGCCCCUCAGCUCCUCUGAUCAGAAUCUUCAGGUUUCGCUGUCCAUAUCGGCGAAGACGAACGGUCAGUACGCGACGGUGAAUGUGAGAAUUCCGUCGUGGGCAUCUCCGAAUGGUGCGAAAGCAACUUUGAAUGACAAAGAUUUGCAGAUGGCAUCUCCAGGAACCUUCCUCUCAGUCACCAAGCAGUGGGGUAGUGGUGAUCACCUCACACUCCAGCUGCCUAUUAGCCUGAGGACAGAAGCUAUAAAAGAUGAUCGGCCGGAGUAUGCGACUCUCCAAGCAGUCCUCUUUGGGCCAUUCCUCCUCGCCGGCCUCACGACCGGAGACUGGGACGCGAAGGCCGGCGGCGCCGCCGUCUCGGAAUGGAUCACCCCUGUCCCGGCAUCGUACAACUCCCAGCUGGUGACGCUGACGCAGGAAUCCGGCGGCAGCACCUUGGUCCUCUCCCUCCUGUCGACCGCCAAAGCCACCUCCCUGACGAUGCAGCCGCGGCCCGAGGGCGGCGGGACCGACGCCGCCGUGCACGCCACGUUCCGUCUGGUCCCCCAGGGGCAGGGCGCCCCGCCGAUGGGCGAGCGGCGCCACACCACCAAUGGCACCGCCGCCACGGCGACGCCCGCCUCCGCGCUGAUCGAGCCGUUUGACAUGCCGGGAAUGGCAAUCACCAACAACCUGACGCUGUCGGCGGAGAAGGGCCCGAGCUCUCUAUUCAACGUCGUUCCCGGGCUCGACGGGGCGCCCGGUUCUGUCUCCCUUGAGCUCGCGGCCAGGCCGGGGUGCUUCCUUGUCACCGCCGGCGCUAAGGCGAAUGUUCAGGGCGGCUGUGGCGGCGGCACGGGGUUUUCCCCGCAGGCGGCGAGCUUCAUCCGGGCCGAGCCGCUGCGGCGGUACCAUCCGAUCAGCUUCGCCGCCAAGGGGGCGAGGAGGGGCUUCCUCCUGGAGCCAUUGUUCACCUUGAGGGACGAGUUCUACACCGUCUAUUUCAACUUCGGCGCCUGACAAAUGAACUAGUCUAGUCUGGUGUACCGAAUAAUUCGUCAGUAGGAAACUGAAAAAUUCAGUUGUUCUUCAUUUGUAUGAACGGAUAAGAAUCUUCUGAUUCUGCGAAUGAAGUUUUGGCAGACGAAAAAAAAUAGUCUGAUCUCAGGGAAGCUUCACCAGAAUUCCAGAAAUAAUUUAAGAGACCAAGUGGUACGGGCUGGUGACAGCGAUGAGCCCGUCGAAACGUUCAAUGGCAGAUCCAAGAGUGAGGGCAAGAGAGAGAGAGAGAGACCGUGCCGCCAACGGAGAACGGAAAACAAUGCGCAUAGAGCAGUAGAAAUCUAGGCAAGAAAUUCUUGGCAGAAUGCAGACCAUGAUCGUAGAAGCCAAACGGGCAAAGACGACGCAGCGGACGACUGCGCCUAGAAACCCAUCCCAGCGGCCAAACGCAGACCGCCGCCACUGCAUUUGGUCCUGGUUCCGUGUUCCAACCUAGCCAGC